AUGGCUAAUUUCACAAUGAGUGGGUUUCUUCUGAUGGGAUUUUCUGCCAAACCUGAGGUAGAAAUCUUACUUGCUUCUCUGUUCUUAGUCAUAUACUUUGUGACUUUAACUGGCAACAUCCUCAUUAUCACCACAACUUCCAUGGACAAUAGUCUCCAGUCACCUAUGUUUUUCUUCCUGAAACACCUCUCCUUACUGGAUCUGUGCUACAUUUCUGUGACUGUGCCAAGGUACAUUUAUAACUCUUUCAUGCAGAAUGGCUACAUUUCCCUCUGGGAAUGCAUAGUGCAGUGUUUUGUUUUCAUUCUCUGUGGUUUUGCUGAGCUGUCCAUGCUCACAGUGAUGUCUUACGAUCGCUACAUUGCCAUUUGCUUUCCACUGCGCUACGAGAUCAUCAUGGAUGUCAGCAAAUGUGUUCACAGUGUCUUUGGCGUCUGGAUCAGUGGGGUCAUUUCUGGAGUCAUGCACACAACUGCCACUUUCUCGAUACACUUCUGUGGUUCCCAUAUCAUUCACCAGUACUUCUGCGACAUCCCCCAACUCCUGAAACUCUCCUGUUCUAAUGAGUACAUCAGAGAGGUGGGGGUCACUGUCUUCUUGUCUCUAGUGGCCUUUCUUUGCAUUGCCUUUAUUGGAGUGUCCUACACAAAGAUAUUCUCCACUGUGCUGAGGAUGCCAUCUGCUGAGGGCAGAGCUAAGGCCUUUUCCACUUGCCUUCCCCACCUUGCUGUGGUCAUAUUGUUUAGUACAACCAGUGUAUUUGAGUUUCUCAAGCCACCUUCUGCCUCUCCAAGUGCACUGGACAUUUUGCUGACUAUUAUGUACACAAUUGUGCCCCCAACAUUCAACCCAAUGAUCUACAGCCUGAGAAAUCAAGCCAUGAAGGCAGCUUUAAGAAAGGUUUUCCAAAGAAGACAAGCCUGA